UGGACAAGCUGAAACUGGCGUAUAAAUUAUAAUAAGUGACAGUGCGAGCCAUAAAUUAAACAGUGAAAAAAUAAUUAUAAUGCCGAACAUUGUGGCAUUAAAGCUCAGCACCAGCCAUCCCAUUCCGGGGGGUCACAAGGAGGCUGCAGAUAUCCUGGUACUGGACCAAUUGGCGCUGCAGCAACAAAUCAGUGCGAAUUUCAUUUUCCACGCGAUUUCCAACUACAAGAAGACGCCAUCCGAGCGAAAGACUCUCGAAUUCAUAGCCAAAAAAUGGCUGCAGAUCCAGUUGCUGUGGCGCGAGUUCCGGCUGAGGGAUAAGCAAAUACGGCGGCGUGGCCACAAGGAUGCGCACUUUCUGGAGCACGGAUACUUCCAGCAGGAGCUCUUCGAGCUGGUCCACGAGAAGUAUUCGGCUGCCCGCGGAUGCCUGAGUCGUGACAAAAGAAAUCUGCUCACUGGUCAGCCAUAGUGUUUAUUCAGGCGGCGGGAGGCCCCUUAAUAAAAGCAGAAGGCAGCCGGCAGGAAAAAGGACGAAAAAGGACAUAUCCAAAGGAUAUGGGGACGUGUGAAAACUUAUUCUCCUGAAAAACACCCAUUCGGGAAUGUGUGUGUGGACUGCACUGAGUCAACAGCUCGAUUCUCAGAUGAUAUCCGUCAACAGCGAUUCCAUUUCCAUUCCCAACACCAUUCCGAAUCCGAAUACGAAUCCGAGUCCCAAUCCAAUGGGCAAUCAAUCUGACCGGACUGGAGGCCAUCUAUAGCCAAUGAUUGAUUGCACUCGGCGAAUGCUUAUCACAAUUAUUAUGAUAUGCCAAAAGGUUAUACAAGUCACGCUGAUGACGACGAUUGGGUC